AUGUCACCCGAUGGCGGCAGGGCAGCUAUUAUCCUUUUAUCCGGGUUUAACCGACGCGCUAGAACAGUUGUGAAGGCGCUAGAGCACGACAGCUGCCGACCAAACGACGGGCUCUCGGCGCCCAGUUGCCUCAGUGAUCCCUCGUCCCCCCACUAUGCCCCCAUCCAGACCAGCCCCAAGAGACGCGACAGAGACAUUGCUACCGCAGAGGGGGCCGCGGUGGGUGGUAGCGGGCACCGCAUUGGGUAUAACGACGUCGCUGGCCAGCCCAGCGCCCGUCCUCUUAUAGGCUGUCUCCUCCCUGGACCCCCAGGGGCACCCUCGGAUUUGCACCGGCCAUGCCGGUCCCAUCGGCUCGAUCGCUCCGGAGCUCGCAUCUUCUCCGAGUUGGCCGGGAGCGUUCUUAUUGCGAUGGAGAAUGGCACCAUAGGGACCUGA